AUGCACAAAGACAUGAUAGAGAGCACAGUGCCAGUAAAGCAAUUGCACUUUGUUAAUGCUGUGCCUUGUAGAAUUGCAUUCGAAAGGGGCAAAGAGCGUCAUUUUUGCUUUCUAGCAAUCUCUGUAGGCACGUGUGGGUGGCUUGUGCUUGCAGAAGAGCUGCCACUGAAGAAGCCCUUUGGAGUUGUUCGGGUUGCUGCACCUUUGGCUGGGAGCAAUCCCAGGAUUGAUGAUAAACAUCCAAAAUGGUUACAUCUGCGGAUUCGACCAUCUUCUUUGCCUAUUCUGGAUCCUGCCAAGUUCAAUAUCCACGGGAAAUUAAAGACAAGAGCUUUUGUGGAUGGAAGAUGGACAUUGGCGUUCAGGGAUGGGGAGUCUUGCAAGUCUGCUUUAUGCAUGAUUGUUGAAGAGAUUAAUUUUCUGUGUGACGAGGUUCACAGAAGACUAAAGCCUUUGCUCAACCUUGAAACCUCAUUGGAUUUAUCAGGUCUUGCAGAGGAGGAUUCCUCUUCAAAUACAACACCUCGCAAUUCGGACUGGGAGUCCUACACACCACUGUGCAUUCUCAUUAAGACUGUAGGGUGGAAGGGUGGGAUGGGAAGACAGGACCCACUUACGCCGUUCAAUCAUGCAAACUUUAAGGUCAAAGCAAUGAUAAAGAAUGUUGAACAAAUAAAAUGGAACCAGAAAGUGUCAAUGUCUUGUAGUGGAUUCUUAUUUUUGGUUUCAUUGGGUUCCUACAUCUAUUACUGUGCAUGCCCCCAACCUCAUGGAUUAAAACCAUCACAACACUAA